AUGAGAGCGUCGGAAUGGAUAGUCAUAGGACUCUUGCUCCUCUGUGGAGUCGGAGGGCAAAGGUUCCCCCGGAGGGAGGGGCAGCUGGUAAGGGAAACGAUCUUAGCGGCCAGCGAUUUCGGUGAAGGAGAGGACGGAUGGUUGGUGUUAGGGGAGGAUGUACACCUCCAGGUUGAGGGCGAGUACCUCACAGGGUCGGACGAGGGACAGGCUGUAUGGUUCUUCUCUGCUCCUCCCAAGUUCCUGGGUGACAUGCGGGAGGCAUAUCAAGGAAGCAUCAAGUUCUCUAUGGGCCACUUCCAUGCGAACAGCGCGGGAAGGGACCCGAUCAAGAUGGAGGACGUCGUGCUGGUCUCUGACCUGCACAACCUCACGCUCAUCAGGACGGACCUGUUCGCUCCCUGGUCCAACGACCAGGAGGUAGAGGUUGCGCUGGACCCGCCCAGUUGGAAACAUGCGAUCAGCGAGGGCUCAUGCACAGAGGAGGAGCUGCUGCUGACGCUCUCCUCCCUCAGUGGGUUCCUGAUUCGCGGAGGGCAUUAUUACGGGCCGGAGAUGACUUGGUUGAAGGAUGUGAGAAUAUUGCAACAAGAAAGAAGACCCGAGGAUAAACACAAAGGUCAAGACCAAAGGACAUCUUCAGAGGACAAGGGCAGCGAGAUUGAUCCAGCAUCCGAUGAUUCGACGAUGAUCGAGACGUUCAUGGCGGAGGAAAGCAAAUUGACGGUGGACUGCGAGGUGCAGGAAGAAUCUGCCAGCGUGCAGCAAACUCAGCGGGAGGAGAUUGAGAGAGAGAGGUCGAGGCGGCAAGCAAAGAUCAUCACCGACUUACAAGAAAGGAUGAUCGAGAUGCAGGAGGAGAACGAUCGGCUGAAAACGAUUGUUGCUGAGCUGGAGGAAGCAAAUCUCCGUUACAAUCAGGCUGCAAAGGAGAGGAGCAACAAGGAGCAGGAGUGCCAACGGCAUUUACGAGACAAGGAAUCCCUUCUUGAAGACGUGAAGGAGAAGCUGGAGGGAUGCGAGAAGCUGAGGAUAGACGCCCUGAUCCGAGAGGAGCAGAAAGAUGACAGCAGGAGCACGAUACACCAAAUCAACGAGAUGAUUCAACUGACCGACGAGAAGCUGAACCGCUGCAACAAGACUGUCGAUCGUCUGCAGAGCUCCAUCAAGGAGGAGCUGAACGCCAGCAGCAUGCUCGCUGCGAGGGAGGACGUGGAGCGUUUGCUGGCGCGUCCCAUGGAAACCCUCUCAAAGCAUCUGGAGGAGGCGGAGGAGAAGCUGAGGAGGGAGGAGGAGAAGCUCGCAGCGAGACUUGGCGACGUUGUCAUCCUGAUGUUUUGGAUUUGCAUGCUUGCCUACCGCUCGUACAAAGAGGAGGUUGAGAAAAUCUUGAGCUCGCAACAUUUGCGGAAGCUGAACGUUGUCAUUGAGAGGACCGGAAGUACCUGGGUUGGGGAUCGUUUUCCCUCGCUUGUCCUCUUCCUCUAUGGGACGGUCAUCGUCUUGCACUUUCUCUCUUUCUUCAGGACGGGAGAUUUCUUCUGCGCUGUCCGAGGGACUUUCCUCUGGGGAGCAGGCUUGAGCUACUUCAGCAAGAGCUCCGUCGGCAUGCAGGAGGAGGAGGUGGGAACUUCUGUCUUCCUCUACGUUUCCGCCAUCACCAUCAUCACCGCCUUGGAAGGGAGGCUCGUGGCUCCUCGCCAAGAGCCGCUGACAGGGAGGGGGAGGAAGAGGAAGGAGGAGGAGGCUGUGGAGGAGGAUACGUUUGAGACUCUUUCCGAGAAGAUUUCAGAGUCUGAUUCGGACGAUGAGCUUGAUCUCGACGAGAUCCUCCGAAUGUCGAAGAAGGUCGAAUACCAAAAGACGUCAAGCUUGGUUGAGUUCCAACGAACAUACUUUGACAAGUAUCCUCCCGACAAAUACAAGCGAUCGAUCAAGGAUGGAGACAAGCUGGUGGUCGCGAGCAAGCAGUUCCUGCGUGACGUCUCCUCCCUCCUCCGUCUCAACGGCGAGACACCGCAGGGAAGCACAGCAGACGAGAAGUCGCUCGCUGCUCUCAAGUUCAUCGCCAGCGCUUGCUCUCAGCUUGCUCAGCUGAGACCCGAGCUGGGCCCCGAGUCCUCUCUUUCCAAGAGGGUUAUGAACAUGGCGAAUCAGAACCUCGGCAUCUUCCUGUUCGAGGAGCUAGUCGAACGAUUCUCCGCCCACUCCCACUCACAGGCUGGGCUCCACUACAUCGACGUCCUCGCACCCGGCGACGGGGGGCUUGUCCUCCUGCUCGUGGGCUACUUCAAGCUCUGCGACCCAAGGGAGGAGGAGGGAAGACCCCUCCUGGUCAGGGGAAGUAUCGUCAUCGACGUAGAGGUGGAGGAGGUGGAGGUCAAAAUCUCACAGCCGUUUCCUUCCACCAGAGACCCCAUGUUGGUCGUCCAGCACAUUGAGCGCAACCUUCACUCUCCAUCUUCUCCCUCCUGA